AUGGAAAAACAUGAUAUCAAAUAUUUUGAAAAUAAAAAACAAUGCCAGUUCCAAGAAUGGUAUGAAAAAUUCAAGUCAGUUACAUUCAGUAGUAUAGUUAUACCGUUACCAAAGAUAUUCAUUGAUUAUUUACAAUCAGACCAAUUCACCACACCACAUGAAGGAUUCCCAGAAUUUAAAGUUGAUGAACAUGAUGAUUUAUUUGAUGAUAAUAAUUGGUCAACUUCAAAAAAUCAUAUUUCAACAUUAGAUCCAAAAUAUUAUCAAGGUUAUAGUGAUGAAGAAGAUGAGAGUAGUGAUGAUGAUGACAGUAAUGAUAAUGAUAAAGAUAAAAAACCAAAAAGAAUUGUAAAUGAAACUGAAUUUAAAGAAUUAUCAAAUCAAAUUAUUAAAUCAAUUGAAAAAUUAGGUGGAAAUAUCUUUCCAAAAUUAAAUUGGUCAUCACCAAAAGAUGCAUCAUGGAUGAACGUUUACAAUUCUUUAAAAUGUACAAAUACUACAGAUAUUUAUUUAUUAUUAAAAAGUUCAGAUUUUAUAAAUCAUGAUUUAAUGCAAUUUUCAAUUAAUCAAGAUGAUAAAGAUGAUAGUUUAACACCAUAUGUUUUAGUUUUAAGAAAAUGGCAAAAUCUUCAACCAUCAAUGGAAUUUAGAUGUUUUGUAAAAGAUAAUCAAUUAUUGGGCAUUUCACAACGUGAUAUUUCAACAUAUUUCAAAUUUUUAAAAGAUAAAAAACAAAAGAUUCAAGAUGCUAUUGUUAAAUUUUAUAAUGAAUCAAUUUGUGGAAAAUUUUCAAAUAAUUCAUUUACAUUUGAUUGUUAUGUUACAAAAGAUGAACAAGUUUGGUUAAUUGAUUUUAAUCCAAUCCAUCCUUCAACAGAGGCAUUAUUAUUCGUUUGGGAUGAAUUAAUACCAGAAUUAAUUGAACAAGAUCAAGAUGAAAAAGAAAAUGAAGAAACCAAACAAGCUAAAGAGGAAUUACCAAUUGAACCACUAACAAAAUUAGAAUUUAGAAUUAUUGAUGAUGAAAGUGGUAUUAAACCAAACUUAGCAAUGACAAGUAGAUUACCAUUAGAUUUAUUACAAAGUAGUGGUGGUACUGGUCAAGGAAAUAUAAAUGAUAUUUUAUUAAAUUUUAAAAAUCAAAAUUUAAAUUAA